CCCCCCAGCCUGUCCGUUCCGAAGCUGGAGCUGCCCUAUACUUACUUAAUGGCCUGGUUGGUACUUCAUCGACCAGAUUUAAUGGAGGCUCCUGAUACGGUAGAUCUCAGUGUCCCUCUGUUGCAAAAUCUCGAGAAUUGCAAAUGGAGCAAACAUCGAGAGCCGGACAUAACGAGGCAGUUUAAAAUUCACAAAUGUUGGGAAUUUUUUCCUUGCUUCCCUCAGUUCUCCGGUACUUACAACACUACCUUAGUGGAUGCUGAAGACCCAAGGCAGAAUCGUACCAUUUUGGAUGUCGGGUGCUUCAGAUGGUUGAUGAAUAUUCGACCUGGAUAUCUGUUGUUCAGGAUAAGGGAUGUUUGCCACAUCGAACCCUAUCUUCCAUGUCGAUUCGCCCGUCAGUUCGGGUAUGAUCAGAUAUACAUCGGCAACCCGAAUCGUCACCUCAGCUUUCGAGGUGGACUUAUCGACGGGGCGAGAGCUUGGUUUUGGAGCAUUGCCGGCUGCACCAAUGUUGAAUUUGAUCUCCCCUUAGAGACGCCGCCUCUACGGAUGACUUUCCUCUUUUGUAAAUGGCUGAUAGCCACCAAUAUUGUCACUCGACGUAGGAGGAUAUCAGACUCAGAGGAAGAAAUAGCUCCACGGCAAGCAACAGAACCGCCUCGCGAAGCUGUGAUGUCGCCUCGAGGAAAAGAGGCUGCUGAAUCAUCAAGGAAAGGAAAGGAACCGGCUCGCUCAGUCGGUAGUGAAGAAGAAUUUGACUCUGAGGAGACGGAGACUUCCGAGGAGGCGGGUGAGACUAGCUCAAGUUCUGAUGAAAGAACGGGUCUUCCUGAUUCUUUCUUUGAAAGAGGACUUGUGUGCCCAUCUGUUGCUCCUACUCAAUCACAAGCUACUUCGAGAAAACGGGGAGAGAGGGUCGUCAUGACCUAUCCUAAUCGGAUGACGGUAGACAUUCUCAGUGGGGACGAAGAGGAUGAAGAGGAUGAAGUGCCUCUUGCUCGUCGACAAAGAUCACGACCUUCCACUCAAGCUCAAACCCAAAUUCCUCCUCGAACUGAAUUACGCACCAAACGUCGUCACGAAGGUCCUGAAGCACAUCCACCGAAGAAACAAAAGAAAGCUGCUUCUAAACCGCGCGUUCAUCUUUCUGCCGUAGAAGAUAUCUCUGGUCGUAAUGUUUCUUCUGAUGAACUAGGUAAUUAUUUAUUUUUAUCUCUCUUACAUUUUUUUUUAAUGCUCGAACUCAUUUCAUUUCCAAUUUCUGUAGAGAGUCAAGAAGAGGGAGAAUAUCGAGUUGGAGCUGCUUCUCCUGGAGGUAUGGAGACUGAGGAGACCAGCUUCGUCCAGCAAAUGCAAGAUGUUCUGAAAGAAGGACCAGCUGACGUUCCACCCACUCCUGACGUUGAUCCAUCAGCUGCGGACACAGGUACUGAUCUUUCUCCUCUCGGAAGAGAAAUCCGAGAAAUGAAUGAGUCGGACCGUGUGCCUCCUCUAAUGACCUGUGCGCUUUCUCUCCUUUUAGUCAAAUUAAAAGAAGCAGGUACCAGUAGUGGAGCUCUCGAAUCAGCCCCGACCAACGAAGGUAAAAUUAAUUGUCUUUUUGAGCAAAUUCGUCUAAAUUUAUGUGUCAUUUACGACUCAACACAUUUUGUAGAUGUCACAAUGCACGAAUCUGUUGGAGGAGAGACCACGCAUACAACAGAGGUCGAGGAAUUCAAUGAACAUCACCUCGAUUUCAAUCUCUCUGAAGGCGACCAUGAGUAUAUCUCCGACUUACUAUCGGGGAAAACUCCUGGUGCAGCCACGGAAUCCAACGUUGGAGUCGGUCCAACAGAAGCAGGUCCUUCUGAAAGUAAGACCUUUAUUCUGUAAACUCCAUA